AUGACGGUGUCUUAUACCCUUGAGGUGGCCAACGUGAGAUUUGGAGGCUUCUCCAAGCUCUUGUUCAGGUGGAAGGGCAGCAUCUAUAAGCUUCUCUACAAGGAGUUUCUCCUCUUCUGCGUGGUCUACGUCUUUAUCAGUGCGCUCUACAGGUGGACGCUAACACCCAAGCAACAGGAUCUGUUUGAACGUUUUGCCCUCUACUGCGACCAGUUCACCAACACCAACUUCAUCCCUGUUCUCUUUGUACUUGGCUUUUAUGUAACAUUAGCAUUCAAUCGGUGGUGGGGUCAAUACACCAGCUUCCCGCUGCCCGAUAACCUGAUGAUGGUCGUCUCUGGGAAUGUCCACGGAGUCGACGAGAGGGGUCGCCUGUUGCGGCGCACGCUCAUGCGAUACGCCAACCUGUCGUCGGUGCUGAUCCUCCGCUCCAUCAGCACCAGAGUGCACAAGCGCUUCCCCACGCUGCAACAUGUGGUGGAGGCUGGUUUCAUGACGUCACAAGAGCUGGAGGUGUUUGAGUUGCUGCACUCAGACUUCAAUAAGUACUGGAUGCCGCUGACCUGGUUUGCAAACCUGGCGUCCAUAGCGAGAGAGGAGAACCGCGUGAGGGACGAUAUCGCUUUGAGACUCCUCAUGGAUGAGUUGAACAACUACAGGGCCAAGUGCAGCCUCUUGUUCCACUAUGACUGGAUCAGCAUUCCUCUGGUCUACACUCAGGUGGUAACGUUAGCGGUCUACUCAUUCUUCGCCUUUUGCGUGAUCAGCCGCCAGUUCCUCAACCCGGACAAAGGCUACAAGGACCACAAGCUGGACCUGUACGUCCCCGUCUUCACAUUGCUGCAGUUCUUCUUCUACGCUGGAUGGCUCAAAGUGGGAGAGCUGAUCAUAAACCCGUUCGGCGAGGACGACGACGACUUUGAGACCAACAAGCUAAUUGAUAGGAAUAUUCAGGUAUCCAUGUUGGCAGUGGAUGACAUGUACCAGAACCUGGCACCCCUAGAAAAAGACAAGCACUGGUCCCAAAAAUAUUUCUCAAUUCCUUACACUGUAUCCACGGAAGCAGACCGCCUCAGACCAGCUUAUAAGGGCUCCACCUUUGACAUAAGGGUGAGCUUAGAGGAUCUGGAGCUGACUCAGCCUGCUGAUGGUUUCCCUCUGCGGGCUUCCUCCCUGGAGGGCAACAAAGAUGGCCUCCUCCCAUCGCUGACAGAUGAGUCAACGCGUCACCUCAUGAGGGAUGACAAGGAUGGCAUCGAUCUGAAAGAACAAGAAAAGAUCACAGUAGAUAGCCAACAAUGUCAAUAA